GCUUCCGUCGCCCAUCACCCAAAAACGACGAUCGCCGUUCCUCGCCGUUUGCGGCCUCUCGAUCUGCGAAUAUCGAACUCCUCAUAAAAUUUACCGGCUCGGGUUCACCCUCCAUUCUUUUAUCGAUUCAACAUCGCACCUGCGUUAUGGGAAAGCUCAGCAAAGAACGAAAGCGCAGGAAGCUGAUGCAGGUCAAGGCCGAUGGCCCGGGCAAGGCGGCCAAUGUCCAGCAAAGCUUCAAGCGCCCUCUGGAGACGGAUAUGACCGACCUGCCGCAAGACCGCGGCGAGGAGCUUGAGGAUGUCGAAGACGAGCUCUAUGACGGGAAAAUCUCCAAGCGAGACCUCGAAACAACCGUUCAUACCCUUACGGCUCUUAUCCGCACACCUGCACUGUUCCACCACAAGGAUUUCAAGCCUCUUCGGGCUGCCAUCCACCAAGCGCAUUCCCGAAUGGCCGAGCAGGGAAUCAACACUGGAAGUUCGCUCAGCGGGAAGAUUUCCGACGCCCUUCUCGAUCAUCGUUGGCGGGACGCUUUGGUCGCGCUGGAAGAAAUGCGAUAUAAAGGCCAAGUUCCCAAGCUCGGUGCCCUCCAGCGCUGGGUCCGAGACUGCGACGCGGCCCAGCGAGCCGGCCAGAGCAGCGGCGACCCCGAGAUGAUUCGUGUGCUCGACAGCAUUCUCCGCACCACCGAUCCCUCCUUGGUGCCUCCAGAAACCGACUCGUCGCGAUUGAUUCGCAAACAUCAGUCAUUCAUCCCAACUGAACUGAAGGGAAUUGACAUAGUCCAGAAUGCCACACAGCAAGACUAUUCAUGUUUCUCUGGCAAGUUUCGGGUUGUUAGUCGGCAGAAUGGCAGCGAGCGGCGCACUCCAAAUCGCCACGACUUUAUCAUGUACACGUCCGAGCCAGGCACCAUCAAGUUGGAUCCCAAUCAAGCCGAGAAAGUCAAGCGAAUCGAUGUACCGAGUGUGCCAGGCUGCUUCGCCAUGGUCGACGUUCUAAGUGCUCACGAAUGCACCCAAAUCUUGGCAGCAUGCUUUUCCCUCGGAUUUACGCCCGAUGUGCCCACAGAGGGGCCCGCAAGCGAGUCUGUGUCUGUUCUAGCCGACAAUGUAUUUUGGCUAGCGGAUACAGAGCUGCUUUCAGUCAUUUUCCGGCGUUGCGAACCAUUUCUGCCUCCUACAGUCGCAGGCGCCCCACUCGCGGGAAUCAAUGCUCGCUGGAGAAUCUAUCGGUACGUUCCCGGUGCCGUGUACCGCCCACACAUUGACGGUGCAUGGCCCGCGAGUGGCCUCGACAAGGAUGGAAACUAUCAGUACGACGCUUACAAGGGCGAACGAUGGUCCCGUUUGACAUUCUUGGUGUACUUGAACGAGGGCUUCGAGGGGGGACACACCACCUACUUUUUGCCCUCAGUGGAUGUGGGUAUCCUCGAUGCCUUUCCGGUCACGCCGCGAGCCGGGACGGUGAUGUGCUUCCCGCAUGGCGAUACGCGAGGCAGUCUUUUGCACGAAGGGAGUGCAGUGACGGAUGGCGCAAAGUACAUCAUUCGUGCUGAUGUUCUGUACGAGGUCCGUCAGGAGGGCGAGGCUCGUGAAAUGACGUGAGUUUGGUGGAGACACUAGGAUGCUCUUCGAACGUACUUGCGAGCACAAUCUCGUGCUAUUGGAAUAUAUGGUCCCGCAACUACUUGAUAGACUCUCUGCGUACAGGAGGCAGCAUCUUCAGUCACAUUGUUUUUUCAGCAAUCUACAGGUUAAUUUAAC